GGGACGGAGGGACUCCCAUAUAAAUAAGCAGCUCGCAUAAAAUGGUGAAGCAAAAAAGAGGUGAGCUGCAUAUAUUCAGUAGAGAGACUCAAACAAUGAAAGAAGACGAGAAAAUAGUGCAUUGUUUAGUUGUUCCAUUUCCAACCCAAGGACACAUAAACCCAAUGAUCCAAUUCUCCAAACGCUUACAACACGAAGCAGCCAUUAAAAUCACACUCGCCCCAACCCUAUUCAUAUUCAAUGAAACCAUGAAACACCAAAUCCCCUCCACCACUACUUCCUCCCCUUUCACCAUUCACCCCAUCUCAGACGGUUAUGAUGAAGGUGGCUUUGCUUCAGCUGAAAACUUUGAUCAUUACCUGGAAACCUUCCAGAAAGUGGGCUCAAGAACUAUAACAGAGCUAGUUCAGGAGCAAAAGAGCAAAGGGUCACCUGUGGAUUGCAUCAUCUAUGAUGCUUUCAUGCCCUGGGUUCUAAAUGUUGCCAAGAACCUUUCUUUAUUAGGGGCAGUGUUCUUCACAAUGUCUUGUGCAGUGGGAAACAUCUGCUAUCAUGUUAACAGUGGCUUGCUUGACCUUCCAUUGAAGAAAACAGGGGAUGAUGGUGAUGAUAAAUUGUUGCAGCUGCCUGGGUUAGCUCCACUUAUGGCUACAGACUUUCCAUCUUUCAUUUCUGAUUUUGGGUCUUAUCCACCUUUCUUGAAAAUGCUUGUGGAUCAGUUCUCUAAUGUCAAGUCUGCAGACUGGAUCUUCUGCAAUACCAUCCAUGAACUGGAGCAAAGGGAAGUUGAAUGGAUGAGAAAGCAAUUGCCAUUGAAGGCAAUUGGUCCAACCAUACCUUCAAUGUAUGUUGACAAGAGGAUUGAGAAUGACAAAACAUAUGGUCUUAGCAUAUACCAGCCAAGAACUGACAUGUGCAUGAAAUGGCUAAAUGAACGAUCCGAAGGCUCAGUCGUCUACGUGUCCUUCGGGAGCAUGGCGGAGCUAAAGGAGGAGCAAAUGGAGGAGUUAGCAUUAGGACUAAAGAAAAGCAACCACUACUACUUGUGGGUAGUCAGAGCAUCAGAAGAAGCAAAACUUCCAAGAGACUUCUCCGCGGAGAAGGGGUUGAUCGUGACGUGGUCCCCACAAUUAGACGUUUUGUCACACGAGGCGGUCGGUUGCUUCGUGACACAUUGCGGUUGGAACUCGACUCUGGAAGCAUUGACACUAGGUGUGGCUAUGGUGGCCAUUCCGGUGUGGACCGACCAAGGAACUAAUGCAAAGUAUGUGAGUGAUGUUUGGGAAAUAGGAAUCAGGGCUAAGAAGGAUGAGAGGGGGAUUGUGGUGAAAGGUGAGGUGGAGAGGUGUGUGAGAGAAGUGAUGGAAGGAGAAAAGGGUAAAGAAAUGAGAAGAAAUGCUGCCAAUUGGAAAGGGAUCAUUCGAAAGGCUAUUAAUGAAAAUGGAAGUUCUGAUAUGAAUAUUAAGGAGUUCAUUGCUGAAUUGUCUCAAUCUAAGUUGGAGAAGUUAGCACAUUAAUGCUCCAACCUCUACUGCAAAAUGCAAAUGAUCAUUUGUUUAGGAGAGACCAUACAAGACUUCCCUUAAAGGAAUCUCGCCCAAAUGAAUAGCUACAUUGCCUUCUACCUCUAGUAUACAUAAUAAUACAUUUGGAAAUGUUAUCCCCCCACUCUAAGCCAACUAUGUGUAAAAUCUAUCUUUAAUAAUAUUAAUAAAGUUCCUAAAAUGAUUAUCCCACUUUAUUUGUAAAAUCUAUCUUUAAUAAUAUUAAUAAAGUUUACGAGUAUAAUUAUAAUUAUUUCAAAAAUACAUACUACUUUAAGCAAAUUGUGUUUAAGGGAAUUUAUGUG